CUCAGGUUCUGCCUGUGCCUCCACAAUGUUGCAGUCUGUUUAUAGAUAUAUGAUGUGCUUUAUGCAUUUUCAAUCGAACGAGAGACGGUACAUCCUUAUACAGUCGCAUUAGGAUAUCCUAUUAUCACUUACAGAUGGUGGAAUUAAAAUUGGAAAAUGUAAUCUCGAUGUAUUGAGUGCGGAAUACUCACCGAGUUGAUCAACCGACGUAUAUUUUUUGCCAGUUCAUAAUGCCCUUAUUUGGCGAUGCAUUAGUGAAACGAAUCAUUCCGUUUUAUAGCCUGGGCUGCAGAUAUAGGCUGUCUCACUCAGUCGUAGCCUACUCAGGUAGAACCAGCGGUUUCUAGCUACGGGCGCACCCACAUGAUAUGAAGAUCCGCAGCAAAUGGUUACAUAUGGCGAAAAUGAAUGUGGACCAUGAGAUAACCCUGUUAAUCGAACAGAUCCAUCGGCUUGGGAACAAAAAUGCAGAUGGGAAGUACAGUGUGAAGUUCGGGGUUCUGUUUAACGAUGAUGAUUGUGCCAACCUCUUCGAAGCACUUGUUGGGACACUGAGGGCUGCAAAGAAGAAGAAAAUUAUCAAUUUUGAGGGGCAAUUGCUCCUGCAAGGUGUCCAUGACAAUGUUGAUGUUGUGCUGCUGAAAGAAGACCAGUGAAUGUAUAUGUGCUCCAAACAAUAAGAAAAAAAGCCACAACAAACGACUGAGAGUACCAUGCAGUGUCAAGUCACAAUCAGAAUUUUAUAUAUUUUCAGGGCAACUAAAUAUGUAUGGGUUUUAAAUUGCCUUUAGAAUUUUGUAUGUUAUACUGGAAUGUAAUUUUUAUUCAGCAAAGAAACAUUUCUAAGACAUAUCAUAGGUAGUCUUGGUGGAAAGAAAAAAACACAUCCUGCUGGCUUUCAUUUAUUGUAUAUGUUCAUGUUGCUACCUCAUGAACUUUUGCAUAUGGACUUUUUUGGACCAACUCUUUAAAGGAAAUGUGUAUAGGAUUAAUAUUUGGUUCAAACACUGCUUUUUAAAUGACUGUGGCUUACAUUUUACAAGUUUAGCCAAAGUUGGUGAAUGUAGAGCACGGUCGUGUCAAAGAGCAACUUUCCUUGCACAGUGCAUACCGUUUCUAAUGUGUAGGGCCAUUGGUGGGGGGGGAAAAAAAAGGCCAACACAACUGAUGUGCAAUACUGUACGAUUUCCUUACUCUUAUAUAAUAGGGUAAUUUGUGCCAAAAAAAAUGGUUGGGUUUGUAAUAUUUUCUCAGGACAAAAUAGCAUUUUGCAUUCAACUUUUGGUUAAAUUACUUCUUAUAAAGAAUGAAUAACAAACCUGUGUGGUGCACAUAAACAUAACCCCUGUCAAGUUUUUUGUAUUUCUUUUUUCCUUUAAAAAAUUGGCUAAUGGACAAUGCUUUAAUCACUCAUGAAAAAUCUUAAGAGCUGUAGAAAUGAUUUCAGACUUUUCUCCUCAAAACAACUUAAAAUUUGUAGUAUUAGGUCUGCACUUGACCAUUACUUCCUGCAGUAAACAGUGCUGUUGGUCUCUAUGAAAAAGUAUUAUCUGCAUGUUCUCUGAUAGUUCUGAUUGAACAAAGAACAUGCAAAAUUGUGUCCACAUCAGGAAUGAUUGUGGACAUGUAGUAAACACCAUUCAUAGUGGACUAUACAGCAAUACAGUCUCUACCAGCACCAUAAGAUAGACUCAGGAAGUGUUUAUAUGUGUUUUUGUGGUUUAUUGGAAGAAACCAGCUGAGGUGGACAGCACUGGAAUAACACUGGAUCCAUAUAUGACAUGUCUGUUCAGAUUUUGCUGCCUAUAGAUGUUCAGUAUAUCUGUUGGAAGGAUCAAAAUGUUCCUACUGACAAAAUAUAAUAAAAGCAAUGAAAGUCAAAUGAUUAAAACACGAAAAAUAAAUUGAGCAUUCAAA